AGCUAUUGGCCAAUACCUGCAAGCAGUUCGUAAGGAUACGUGGCCACAUUGAAAUCUCAGCCAACAGCGGUAAACUCAGGCAUACUAUUGGUUCUCGGCAACUUUGCUCCUUGCGGACACAAACCUGGUUUGCCUGCUUAUAAAGUAUCAUUCAUGCUCUUUGUUCGACAGGAAAUAUCUAUACAUCCGAAACACAAGAUUCUGAACUACGCGAGUCUUACCGUAGGGGCAAUAUCCACUUCCGUUGCCCCCUCAUCGAAGAAGCAGUAUCAUACCAUCACAAAUUCGAUCAAACAGACCCGCGGAAGCCUUCGUGUUCCAUGGGCUGAACCUCUUAAUUAUUCCGUCGAUCGCGCUGCCCCUUUAGCCCGCAACUAUUAUAACCAAGGACGAAAUUGUCUCCUCUUCGAGCCGCCUUCCCUUUCAAGACUACGUCUCUCGCAUCACGAUCCGCUUCGUGUGAAGGUCCUCUCUGCGAUAUUCAAUAUUAACCGACUUCCUUCACUCUCACGCAAUGUGUGAAUGGGCUUGCAAGACAUACGCAGCUUGUACCCGUGUUCCCAAACACAUGAAUCGAGAUCACAUUAUCUUUUGUACACCCGCAAGAAGCAAUGCAAAUGACCCAUGCGUACCUCCCUCAGGGUUUCUGAGAGACCUCCCGUUGGUUCUCGAUGCGCAAGACACGAAUACAGCGGGAUCCUGUCCUCCCUGUGCUGGUACAACACCGACUAAUUCCUCUGACUAGAGUGGUUGCCUUCCCCCCAAUCCAGAGAAGCAGAUCGUUGGUGAACCUGCGUGCGAGCUACCUCUCCGAGAUCCUGAAACGUACUAAAUAUAGUUAGCUUAGUUAGGUCAUAGAAGAGGGUAACGCACAAUGAAUCAAUUCCUGAGACUUUGAAGACUUCGAGGUCUAACUUGUUAAGAUCGACAUUUGGAUGUGUUUUGCAGUGGAGAUCGAGAACGAGAUAUAACCGAGAAGAUCGAGGAUCACUGCAUAUAUGUGUAUAGUAGUCUUCUCGGGGUUGAAUACCUCGCCAUGUAAAGAAAGCGUUGAUGAUUGCUGUAGGCUUUUGAAAAGGUUGUUCGCGAUAUGGAAGGACUAUCCGCACCGGAGUAGCCUGACUCAUUUCGUCCCAAGUGUAAGAAGAGUUGCUGAUGUCGCUUGUAAAGGUUUCUCGAAGAUUCUGAAUCACAGACAGGCAUAGACAGAGACAGAGAGACAGGGAG